AUGGCACCCAGCUCGUCAACUACCCCGAAAACCGGUCCCCCAAACACCGACGACGCCGGCACCGAUCGGCAGCCCGUUCGCGCCGCUCCACGGACACUCGCGAACCCCCUCGACGCCCUCCGUCAAAUCCCCCCAACCCUCAUUCUCAGACCGGGCGGCCGGCGCCGCCGCGUACUUCCCGGCCCCGACCUCCAGCCCUACUCGAAUUACACACCGUCGCAAUCGGGCUUCAGCUCGCCGUACACCGGAGGCCUGCCGCCGAAAAAGCAAGUCCGCAUCGACUCGCACUCGGCCCUUCUGGGAUCCCCUCCAUGGCAGCCGCCACCGCCGACGAACCGACAGGCGUCGUAUACAUACCACCCGCCGGGCCACAUCGCCUUCUACAACAAGUACUGGCAUCCAUCAUGGAACAUGUACUUCUUCCUCUUCGCGGGCGUCGCCUUCGCCCUCGGCCACCACUUCUUCUACCAAGGCCUCCACGGCAUUGAAGCCAAAGAACAACUCCGCAUGCUCCGGUACGGCGCCGCGCUCGCAUUCCUCAGCAAAGCCAGUCUCGCAUCGGCCGUGAUCCUUGCCUUCCGCCAGCGCGUCUGGAUGACGGUGCGCCGAAAGAUGUUGACGCUAGCCGCCGUCGACUCCCUCUUCGCCGCGGCGGAAGACAUGUCGGCCAUCUUCAAUUUUGAAGUCUUCAAACAGGCCCGGGUGGCCAUGGUUCUGGCUCUCUACGUCUGGUGCACACCCCUCGUCGUGAUCCUCACCUCUGAUACCCUCGCCGUGCAGCCCGAGAAGAUGACGAAGAACACGACGUGCCCCUCUGUUCGCACUCUUAACUUCGCCAAGGAAGACAACAACAACUGGCGAACGCCGACCAAGAUCAAAGGUCUCAGUGAGCUCUCCCUGUCGAUAUGGAACAAGACUAGAGAGGAGGUGUCGGAUCCCAACUAUUUCGAUUAUUACGCCGCAUCCAGCGACCAGUUCGACGAGGUUGCCACCACCGCUCUCUUGCUCAAGAAACCAGUCGAACGCUCCAACGCGGCUUCGCAGAUCUGCGGCCUGGGCUUCAAUUGCACUUUCACGAUCAACUUCACGGCGCCGGGAUACAAGUGUCAGGAGGUGGCAAACGGCCUCGGCACAGACCUCAAAGAAGUGAAUGGCGAGGUGCCCCCCUUCAACACAAGUUCGAUCGUCCCAUACGGCAACUUCUCGUACAGGGUCGAUGCCACUCGUGGUGAAUACCUCAACCCUCAGAUCAAUGAAACUCUGUCCGGCGGAGUACCGAAAAGGCCUGGACCGUGGCACAGAAGCUUUGGUGCCCUUCGUACGGAACCUGUUCUAUGGGUUGGCUACGCCCAUGUCGACAACACCUCAGAGCCGCAGCCCGAGAACUCUUCCGUGCCGGGCUGGGACACAGCCUAUACUCCCAAGAUAUUUACUUGCGUGCUUUACGAGACGAAAUAUGAAGUUGAAUUCAACUACAUCAAUCUCGUCCAAGCCACAACUAUCAAGAACCGCACAUAUCUGGAUCCAGUCAUCGACACCCAAUACGUCUUUGGCCCUGAUGAUGGAACCCAGGACAACACAACAGCCACCCCCGAAUCCAACUAUAUCCUGCCAACGCAAGUACAGCGUUACCGCAGAGCGAUGGCUUAUCACUCGAGCGCCUACCGAUUCCGUCAAUUUAUCAACGGUACAAUUAUCAAGGUCAACAAUAUAGCCAACACGAAAGCACUCCAAACCAGGUUGAUCGAUCAACAUAACUACCUGGGCGUCAAUGAUCUCAUGACCCAGAUGAUGUCCGUCUACGAGGAUGUGAUCCUGUCUAUGUUCAGCAACCCUCGAUUCCUUGCUGUCGUCUGGGCUGGGAAUACAAGCUCAGUCACAGGACACAACCUCGGUGACGAUACCGCCCACCCCUGCACCCUUGAACGGACCGAUAACCGGUACCAUUAUCGCGUCGGAGAUCUGUGGGCAGUAUACUCUGUUGCCAUUCUCCUAGCAAUCGUCGGUGUAGGCUUUGGUGUCACAGCUGUGUGGGAAGAGGGGCUGGUCCGGAACACGCGCUUCAGUAGCAUCGUCGCGGCAACGCGCGGACCCGGACUCGAGAAACUGCCUUGGAACCAAACGGUGCCCGGCUCCGACCAACGGCCGGUGACCGGCGCCAGGGUGGGGUAUGGUCUUGUGCCGACGGACAUCAACCCCGGCAGCACCGAAAGAUACGGGUUCGGAGUCGAGGGGGAUGUCAAGCAGCGUGCCGAGACUCCAUCGAGAACGCCGACCGGGUUAGGCAGUCCGUUCAACAGAGCGAGCAGGAGAUGGUCGAAAAUCGCUCAGCCACCACCUAAUAUUUGA